UCGAGCGAUAGUUGAGGGAUCGCUGUGGUGUAGUUCGGUCGGUUUUAUUCAUUCGUAACCAGUGAAAACUGUUAAAAUGCCUAUGGAAGAUUCGUUACUCCAGCUAUCUGCUGGGAAAAUUCGUGGACGGAAAGAUACACUUCCGAAUGGUGAACCUUAUUACUUUUACAAGGGUAUUCCAUAUGCUCAGAAUCCAUUAGGAAAUCUCCGGUUCAAACCUCCAGUACCGUUGGACAAGUUCGAGGAGGAUGUACUUGAUUGUGGCUAUGAGAGAAAUUCGUGUCACUCGUUAAUAUGCGUUCCUCCAGUGGUUGCCGUUGGUGAAGAUUGCCUGCAUGCCAACGUCUACACUCCGUUGAAGCCGGCUAAUGUGGAUCAAGGACGGCGACUUCCAGUGAUGGUUUGGAUUCACGGUGGAGCGUUCAACGCCGGAUCGGGUGACUCUUCGUGGUAUAGUCCAUGGUUUCUAGUUCAGGAAGGCGUCGUAGUGGUGACCUUUAACUAUCGGAUCGGUCCGCUUGGUUUCCUGUGUCUCCCUUCAAUGGGCAUUCAUGGAAAUAUGGGACUGAAGGAUCAGCGACUCUUGUUGAAAUGGGUCCAUGACAAUAUCGCCCAGUUUGGAGGAGAUUCUGGGAAUGUAACGCUCUUUGGAGAAAGCGCGGGUGGAGCAUCAGUGCAUUUGCAUUAUCUGACGGAGAGUUCCAGACAGUACUUCCAUCGAGCCAUCUGCCAAUCCGGAACCGCAUUCAACGUUUGGGUUGAACAGCAGGAACGGGACACCAAGACUCGGAUGUUGGCUCAACUUCUUGGUUGUACAGGAACCAGUGAUGACGAGAUUUAUGAAACAUUGAUGAACGCCUCGGCACUUGAUCUGACGACUCAUUCCGAAGAUUGCAUGUCGGCCUAUGAUAGACUCUGUUUCCGAUACUUCCCGUUUACCCCAACGGUUGAGUCUGACGACUCGGAAGAACCCUUCAUUACCGAACAUUACGUCGAUGCGCUGAAGAAGCCCUUUAAAACUCAUAUCCCUCUGAUCAGUGGCUUUACCAGCAAUGAGGCAAUUGCUAUGAUACCUUUCGUAUUACAUGCGAUGGAUUGUUAUGCCACCGACUUGAAGUCGUUUGUACCACCUAAUUUUCCAGUUACGGAUGAGAAAAUACAGCUUGAAGUGGGAAAAGAAAUAAGGAAUUUCUAUUUAGAAAACGAGAACCUAACAGUGGACAAUCUAUCAUCAUUCCUGAAUUUUAUGUCUGAUUGUUCUUUUAUCAUUCCAACGUACGUAGCAAGUGAAUUGCAUGCAAGAUUUCAUCAAAGCACUCCCCAAUUCUGUUAUCGCUUUAAUUUCGUGACGGAGCUCAACUUUUUAAAACUGAUGUCCCAGCAAGGCAGUUUCAACUUUGGCGGGGCAUCCCACGGCGAUGAUAUAUUCUAUCUCUUCAAGGAUGGUGGCUUUGUGACCCCGCCAGUAGAAGCCGGAACCCAGGCCGAUAAGCUUCGCCACGUGAUGUGCCGUCUUUGGACCAAUUUUGCCAAGUUUGGUGAUCCAACGCCGCCGUCGGACAGUGAGCUAGGAUUUACUUGGAAGCCGUCGGUUGCCGCCGAACGAGAUGAUUUUGUCAUGGAUGCGUUGGAUUUGUCCGCGGAAUCCAUCCGGAUGGUGGAGGGGCCGUUUCACGAGAGGAUUCAGUUUUGGAGGAAUCUGUUUGCCAAGUAUGGUGGUAAUAUUUUGGAUAUGAAGUAUUUGAAAUAAAUAUAUUUACUGAAAAAGUCAAUUCUAAUUCUGAAAAAAACGAUUCAGACUAGAAGGAUAUCUUCAAUCCACAUAAGGUCAAUGUCUUAUAAAAACUUGCAAAUUUCAAAAGGAAAUUGAGCCGCUAAAACUUUCACG